GGGUACUGACAAUGUUUGGGAGGGGUGGAGUGCACGGAGCAGGGGUAGUAGUGGAGGGGAAAGUGACUGACAAUUUGUGUGAGGGGUCUGAGUGCAAGACAAUUUGUGUGAGGGGUCUGAAUGCAAGAAGUAGGAGUUGCAGUAGAUGGGAAGGAAGGGGGAAGGAUAUGCGGUGGUUGUGGCAAUUCAAUGCCAUUGUCCAAGCUCGCAUUUGCAAUGGUGUCUGGAUCUUCCGAUCUGUAUCCCGUCUCACCGCCCCCUUUCACGUCGGCCGCGUCACUCCCUCCCUAGCCUCUUUCCCCUGGUCUAUUUGCCCCGUGUUCCUUCGCCGCUGCCCUCCUCUACCGCGCUCGUAUCUGCGCAGCGCAGGUCUCGCAUUCAAGGCGAGGAACAAGGACAACAAGGAGAAGAAGAAGGGUGGUAGCAAACCUGGACCCACUCCAGCUGUAGAGAAACCUGCUGAUGGUGGUGGUCUGCUUCCGCCGGAGCAUGGCUCUGCAAACGGCGGGAUAAAGCAAAAACCGCGGGAAGGUGUACUACCCUCAGGUGGGGUUUCCCAGCCUCCUACUGAAGUUUAUCCUCAGGAUGAGCUAGUGUUCUUAGCAUCAAAUGGUCGUGUUGCUGAGGCGGGUUUGCGUGGGAACAAAGCUUCUAUUGCAGGGGAUGGCGAGCCUAGGAGUGUGGCCAGGGGUCAGGUGGACUCUCUUGAAAAUGGAUCAGCAGAAGGACAAUCGCGUUCCAAAAAUAGCACCCCCGAGAAGUUGUCGGUGGUGGGGCCCCCAGCUAGCCCCCAAGAACAGCAUCAGCAUCAGCAUCAGCAUCAGCAUCAGCACUCGGGACAUGGUCUUCUUCCGGCUUCCUCCGAAGCUAGUGGAGCUUCUCUGGUGCAAACUGUCACGUUGCCGGUCGUUGAAAGUGCAUCCGAAGUCGUAAGUGGUGGGCACACUGUGAUGAAACCACCAUCGUCUUCGGCCAUUGGUUCUUGGCAGCCUGAGACAGAGCCAUAUACGGCUCGCUCGUCAGCCUCCCAAACCUUGCCAGUACAUGAGGUGGCACACCUGCUCGCGCAAUCUGCGUCGUUAUCCCAACCUUUGGUUGCUAUGUCUGCGAAAGGAGAUGAUGUGGCUUCUCGGCUAGCAAGUACCUCUGCAGCUUCGUCUUCUGCUGCGCCAGUACAGGCUUCUUUGUCAUCCAAGGGGUCAUCAGCAUUGUCCGUCUUGUCGUCUGUUCCAUCUUCUCUCCCUGGAGAGCAGAGGGGUGAUCAGAAGGAAUGCCCGCCCGGGGGAGCUGGUGCACCGAAUGACUUGUCUAGUGGUGUGGUCGUUUCAUCUAGGCAUAGCCAGCCUGGCCCUGGGCUGGUAGCCUCACCGACGUCUUCGGAAACUGUUUCGCCUGAAGGGAUACCGAAGUCCACUGUACCGUACGGUUCUUUGUCCCCAUCAAGGUCUGAUGCUCCUGCAGUGUCAACCUCUACAGAUUCACCAAACCUGCCACGGAGAGGGAAGAGUGGGUCGAGUAAGGGUGUAGCAGGCUCAUCCAUUGGGAAAGUCACAAGUGGUGCAGGGCCAUCGAGACGCUCUGAUGAAGGGAAAUGGAUGGGGUUGUUGCGGGAAAUGCAGGGCCGACAGAGCAAAGAGUCAUCAAGGGAAAAGGCAAUCAUGGCUGUCACUGGCAGAGAGGGCUCUCCACAGGGGCCUCCUCAGUUAGGAAAUGUGCGGUCGAAGGAGGAGCAGACCGGUCUCCCUUUGGCCCGGGAGGAGGGAUUGGCAAGGGCAGUGGAAGAACCUGCACGGUAUCCCCCAAUCGCACCUGCAAAGGAUGCAAUUUCAAGGAGCCGUGCAUCCUCUUUUCCAUCUCUAAGUUCUAUCCCAGGGGCAGUAGCAGAGCCAGGGAAGGCUUCCUACACCAGUCAUCUGGAAAAUGCCACCAAGCUAGACACACUGACCACCACUGAGCUGACAUCCUUGACAGCAUCUGCAUCGUCGUCUCUGUCAAACUCGCUUCCUCCCAUGGCUGGCCCUGGUCGGACAACGAGUCCUGUGUUCUUAUCUGCGCUUUUGCGACCUUCGUCGACGCCCUCUUUGUCCGUCUCACAAGGAUUGGAUCUUCUGAGGAAGCCGGCAACAGGGUCAGCACUUUUACCAUCAUAUUCUUCAACUUCAACCCCUGCUGCCCCUGCAGGUGGAAGAUUGAGCACGUCGUCGUCCCCUUUCAUGACUCCCACAAAAACUUCCACAAGUGCACCGAGGCUAGACCACCUGUCCUCACCUACAACCUCACUAUUCUCGACCCCAACUGCGCCUGCGUGGCCUUCUGAUGGAUCACGACGCCCAGUUACGCCACCCCUUCAUGCCGGUUCCUCGUCAGCGGAGAGCCCCUCUUUGAGCUCUCACACAUCUGCGGCUCCGUUGGGUUUUGUAUCACGUCAGAGUGAAUCAGCACGUGAUGGGACUGACCAAGUGAGGGAGCGAGUUGGUGGUGGUGCUGUGCCAGCCGUGCCGUCUCUGCAGAGCGGCGUUGCAGAGGAUACCCAUGUGCAGCAUGAGGAGGAGGCUGGUCGGAACCCCAGUCUAAAGCCCUCUGUAUCAAGUGACUUCUCAGCUCUGGAGCAGCAUAUUGAAGACUUGACGCAGGAGAGGUAUGCUCUACAGAGAGCUGUUGAUGCAGCCAGAGUCCUGUCGGAGUCCCUUGCAAAAGAGAACUCCCAGUUGACUGACGACUUCAACUCGCAGGGGGCUGUCGUCAACCAGUUGCGAGAGGAGUUGAAUCGGCUGCGUGAAGAGCUUCGGUCUCAGCAGGCAGUGCUGUCGUCAUUACGAGCAGAGAAGGAGAAGGCUGUGGCAGAAAGUGGGGCUGUAGCAGCAAGGGUGAAGGCCAUGGCGAAUGAAGUGAUAGUGCUCGAGGAGAAGGUAUUACGGCUUCGAUCACAUGAGCUAAAGCUGGAGCAUGAGCUGGAGAGGGUGACAGCAGAGCUUGAGACACAAAGGCGCCAAAAUGCUUCAGCAGCAGCGGACAGAACCAAUUUGCGGUCUAUGGUUGAGGCAUUGCAGGAAGAAAAGAAGGUUCUUCUGACUAAGCUCAAGAAAGCCUCUGCUGCAAGUGCAGUAGAAUCGACUGCACAACAACCGGCUGCGGAUGUUCGGAAGACGGCAGAUGCUUCGACAUCAACAGAUGACCUUGAGGUUCCAUCAGAAGUGGGUGCAAGAAACACAGGUUCAACUGUUGGCUCGUCCACAGGGACUCCGGCUGCAGACACUCCUGUUGAGGCGAGCCCAGUGAUGAGCGCGCAGUCUAUGAGUCCUGAGGAUUGGAGAUCGUUUCGACCAGAUGAGGGGCUCAUGACUCUUGACUCAGGGACAGUUCUGCCUGUUUCAAAGUCAGCAAUUCCUCCAGACGAAUUGGUGCUGAUUGAGAGCGUCAAUGCCAUGCUUUCACAGCUGGCGGGCGAGAAGAAGAACUUAGCUCGAUUGCUGGAAGAGGAGGUCGCAGCCGCAGCAAAACUUAGGGCUGCAAACAUGGACCUCUCUCGCAAACUUGCAGCACAGACACAACGGCUAGAGCUUGCUGUUUCACAGAACAUGGUGAGAGGGAAUUCGGAGGCUGCCACUCAACGAUCGGUCGCACAUGACGUGGAGGCUGAGGCUGACCAGGGUCUUGAUGAGGGUGAUGAGGUUGUUGAUAGAGUAUUGGACUGGAUCAUGAGACUGUUCCCCAGGAACAGAGGAAACAGGUGGACCCUGGCGAAGCUGCAGUGACCGACAUUGUAAUGGAUUCUGGGAUUUCCGUGAUGGUUUGAAGUUUGAACUGCAGCUUUGCAGGUAAAGGUAGUGGCAGGGGGUUGGGUGGUCUGUUGUAGGAGCGAGGGGCAGGUUCGGUUCCAUUAACAGUUUGGAUUUGUGGGAUUUCUUCGCAGUUGAACAGUGCGGAACCAGUCUGAGUUCGUGGAAUCGUGGUUCUCCGCGGUAAGUCUUAUGCCAUUAGGUCGCUCUUUGCGGGCAAGUGGUGUGUUUAUUUGUGGAGGCCUUUUUUCGAAAUGCUGGGGCAUCUGUCCUUUUGCAGCAUCGUCAUGCAGUGACAUGGCGUGCCUCAAUGAUAGAGGACUGGUCCAGCAUGUCUGCAGUCUUCCCAGCCACCUUUGUGUGGGCGUGACGAUCCGAUGGCACUGCAUCCUGUUGGUCCAUGUUGGAGACUGGUGUUAGAAGUGAAUUCAACUGCAAGGAUCAAUAAAUCUGUUUCGUUGACGUUCAGACUUUGACAUUUGAAGUUUGAAUGUAGUGUUUGCAUUGUAUGUUUUGACUUCUGUGGACGUGCUGUACACGACGUUUUGUGCUGGUUUUCUUCUGUGCUCACAAAUACCUCCUCCAGACCUGCAGUGUCGUUCGGGCAUGCAGUGUUCCGAUCAGAAACCUUCUCUGUGCACAGGCGGAGCUCGUGUCUCAGCAUACAAUUCACACGUGCCAGAAAGGGGGGAGAUGUUGAAAUUGCUAGACGCACUGGUGCAGAAGUGGCCUGUGUGUUUGAGACUGUGCUUGCUGUGUCAUUGGCUGAACUCUGCAAGAUUCUUGACUCCUGCCUGACUCAUCCUGUUUGUUGGGCAAAGGCGGAUACGGUGUGACAUUAGCAUUUGUUCUCUCCUGUGAGCAGAACACCUCUCUUUGAGACAGGUGGCAUCACGGCUGAUUACCCGUUGUUGCUGCCUGAGGCAGCUGCUGGUGAAAACGGCAAUGUGGGCGAGGGAGGCAUCGGCAUGACGACUCUGAUGAGCCAAGCAAGUUUGGGAGGUAGGUGUGUAGUUAGGUGAUAGUCUAUCCAUGAGACUGUCGGUCAUGUUCUAGAAAUGUAAGUGUUGUGCAGCAGCUGAUGUUUUGAGAGUUUGUUUACGGUAAUAAGUGGAGUGGAUGCAAGUCAUGCGGAGAGAAUGUAAUCCAUUCCGAUAGAGUGAAAUUGGGCGAAACAUGUUUUGUAAUUUUAGUCAAAUUCCAAAGAAGAUCGGAAGGUCGAAAUUCUAGAGGUAACGAGUAGUAGAAACUGUUGAAGAUGCUUAGGAGGGUUGCUGUGCUUGAAGAUGCUGCCUAAUUUUCUUUGCCUUCUUGUCUUGAAAUAAAAGCCUGAAUCAGUUUUGGGUUAAACUGUGGACCGUUCUUCAGAUGGAUUUAUAAAAAAAAAACUCAGCCGGCGGUGAGAGAAUUGGAACGGUUCCAUUCUGCAAAUUAUACUUCUGGAUUUGUCUGGCACUGGUUGUCAGCUUACCGGAGAUUGGUACUUGUGGUGCAGUAGGCGAGCAUGGAGUGGUGAGAGAUUGAUACUUGUGGUGCAGUAGGUGAGCAUGGAGUGGUGGGCUUUCUUCGGAGCAUCGGUGGUAGUUUCUGAAGGAGAAGAGGAAAACACAGAAGAAAUGGGAGGAGAUGAAAGCCAAGCGGACAUGGUAGAUGAAGCUCGAGAUGGCUAUGGGAGACAGAGAUAGAGAGGGAAGAAGGAGGGGGAGCAGGAGGAAGGGAGGAAGGUGGAGGAGAUAGAGAAGAAGAGGAGGAGGAGGAGGAGGAGGAAGAGAAAAAGAAGAGGGAGAAGAGGGGGAAGAAGAAGCAAUAGAAGGGUGAGGGAGGAAGGUUGUAGUGAUUGUUAUUGUCGGACCAGCUUUAGUUUAUUUCUAGCAGCAGCAUACUCUGUGAAGCGGUUGCUGUUGCAUUCGGGUUUGUAUUUUCAGUGGUUUCAGGAACUUUCAGCCGCAUUACUA